AUGGAUGAUGUGCAAGCAUCACUUGAUUCAACAACGCCAUGGAUAGGCAUGUACGUUGCAGCAGCUUCUGCCGUCUGCACACUUGCAAUGGCGGCCGUGUGGUACAACCAAAAUCCAAGAGAAGCAGAAAUCGAAACAAUCGCGCAAGCUUUCGAGCUCAUGGAUUAUACUACUGCAGAGCAAGAUUCACUUGAUUCACCUAUGCCAUGGAUAGGAAUGUAUAUUGCAGCAGCUUCUGCCGUCUGCACACUUGCAAUGGCGGCCGAUGCUUUCAAUGGCUUAAGAAGCAAAAAGUAUUGGCUCCCGUGUAAGUAUUUCUCUCUCAACUCUUUCUCCCUCACACUCUUAGCAGUAGCCAUGAAACUACCCGUAGAUCUAACAAGCUUGGAAAUGACCGCCAUUGACAUAUUUGCAAGGAUUAGCAGCCUUGUUUUGAUGUCAACUGCUAUGAAUAAUUUCAUGACAUCAUUGGGUUCUACGGAGAAUAACGAUAAUAUGCAUAGCGCCAGACCUAUGCUAAAUGUGCUUCAGUCUCAACGGAGUGCAUAUACUGCCAUCAUGCUCCUCUUCCUUGCGGCGUUAUGUUCUGUAUCGUUGAUGGUUCCAGGAGUAGGAUUGAAGUAUAAUGAAAUGCACAAAUCGGUCUCAAAUAGACGAGUAGAGUGGGGAAGAUUUAGCAGUGUUGAACUUGAAAAUAUAGUAAAAGCGUAUUGGGUGAUGGCUGCAACUAGCAGCCCACAGUUUGUUCACGCAAGGUCUGCCAUUUCUUCUAUUUCUGGGCUCUUGUGUGUUUUCGCAGCUCUAUUUUUCGUAAGCGUUUGGAUUGAAAAAUUAGAUUUUCAGUACGAUGCUGGUCUCAUCAAAAAGUUAGAGAUUAUUGGAGUGGCAAUGGGAACUAUUGCUCCUCUGUUGAAAUGGUUCGUUGCUUUGUGGUUCAAGAUUUCUGAGACGGAACGAAAGAGCUUCAGAGAUGAAGUCAAGGUUGACAAGUACUGGACUUGGAGGCUGGUCGAGUGGAGAGACAGAUCACUUCCUUCUCAACUUCAAAACCGCGUAUGCAAGAAGUUGCUUCGCAAUGCUAAUAGAAAACCUGUUUCAGUGGGAGCACAUGUUGGUUUUAACCAAUAUGUUCUUCUACUUGAAGGUGAGCCACAAUUGCCUUCUAAAAUCCUCAACAACAUCUGCAACAAGGCAGAUAAGCUGAUAAAAGUAGGCGAAAAAAAGCAGCCCAAGGAUCUGAUCCAAAUUCUAAACAGAUUUUCAAACUUCAAUGGGGUGGGACGAUUUGACAGCACCCAAAUUCCAAGCUUACAUACUCAAGAACCUCCAAAUUGCUGGUCUCUGCCCGUGCUGACUUUGACAGCCAUUUCAAUUGCUCUGCACAACAUUGAUGAUGAGAAUGCAAACCAGUUAUUGGUCUGUAUUAGCGAGGGCUUGCCUAUCGUGAAGCUUAUCGAGGAAACACUAGACAGAUCCGGAGUUAGAUAG